AGAAAAUAAAAAGAAAAGAAAAGCUAACCAACACAGUGACAAGUCACUGUGGUCCAGGAGGAGGAGGAGGAGGAUAGGGCUAGCCGGCCCCGAAACCGAACUGAGCAUUCCACCGGCUGAACUGCUCGUCCCACUGAUUGUGACGGGCCUCAAUAGCCUGAAAGCACAGGUUGACGCUCGCGAACCGGGCGCUAAUGUCUCGUAUGUGACGAUCAUAACGGUCCUCGAACGCCGUCCACCAAGGCGGAGGUUGGGACCACCAGGCUGGCGGGGCAGACGACUUCACUGGGCGCUGCUGAUAGAUGUGUGGCUCGGGGCUCUCGGCGAUCGGGCUGCCAACCGGAGGGAGACUGAAGGAGAUGGCUAUCUUGUCUAUCUGGUGCUCGUGAUGGUUUCUUUGUAUUUGUGUAUGCGUACCAGGAGUGUACGCGUACUAUAUCCUAUCGACAAACCGUUCAACGAGAGUCUGAGAGAGCUUCUUGACAAGCUUACUCUGAAAUCGCAAGAGGAAGACGAGCACUCUCCGAAAUCAUCUGAGGGAAACAACUCAGACAUGGGUGAACAACAGCAACAACCGCCCCGUAACACCCUCCGAACCUUAGCCCAGCCGAUGAUCGGGCCAAUCACCUCGUGCAUUCGUUUGCCGGAUGUUGCACGGAACUAUGAACUAAAAAUGAUUUACUACAACCAACUGCCGGCAUUCCACGGGCUUCCAAGCGAGCACCCACUCAACUUCAUCUGGGAAUUUUACAACGUCCUCAACACUUUCCCUCUCAGUGGGCUUAAUGACGAGCAGUUGAAGUUGAGGUGUACUCGAAGUUCAUUGGGAGGUACUACUUUCAUUAGAAGACCCAGGAGCUUCAGUCAUAGAUCGUUUUGUUUGCUCAAUUACCUAUUUGAGCCUCUUCACGAGGCUUGGGAGCAGUUCAAGGAUCUCCAGCGGCAGUGCGCUCAUCACAAUCUCUCUCCGGGGCUAUUGAUGAACUGUUUCUAUGACUCCCUCCACCAGAACAUGCAAUAUAUGGUUGACAAUACGGCAGGAGGGGAUAUUGGAUCAAAGACGGCCGAGGAGAUGUUUGAAAUUUUCGAGACAAUGAAUGCAAACUCAUCGCAGAAGAGCAACUGGGGGAAAAAAGCGAUAGUGAACGAGGUCGGAGCAAGCCAUGACUUGAUGGCCCAACAGUUGGCUGAGCUUACAAACCCUACUACACUCCAACAACUAAAGGGAUUCCUUGGUCUCACCGGGUACUACAGAAAGUUCAUCAAAGGUUAUGGCAUCAUAAGCAGACCACUCACAUACCUGUUAAAAAAGGACAAGUUCAAAUGGGGAUUAGAAGCUGAAAGAGCCUUCCAAGAACUAAAGAAGGCUAUGCUCAGUGCACCUGUGUUGGCAUUACCUGAUUACAACAAGCCAUUUGUCUUAGAAACAGAUGCCAGUGGGCAAGGGGUGGGAGUUGUCCUUAUGCAGGAAGGCCAGCCUAUAGCCUUCAUGAGUAAGGUAUUGUGUCCAAAGAACCAAGCCCUAUCUAUCAAUGAGAAAGAAUUUUUGGCAGUUCUGAUGGCAGUUCAAAGGUGGAGAUAUUAUUUGCAA